UUCCGAGUGGGCUGAGAAAAUGCCCAAAGGCCCGCCACCCAUGUCUCCCAAGGAAACGGCCAACCAAGAGGUCCUGCUGCGGGUCCACAAAGCAGUGGCUUCCCACUCCCGUGCCAUCGCCCACAAGUUUGAGCACUUCGACACCAUGCAAACCAACACGGCAUCCAGGGAUGAGUUCAGGGCCAUCUGCACUCGCCACAUCCAAAUUCUCACCGACGAGCAGUUUGACAAACUGUGGAGCGAGAUGCCUGUCAACGCCAAGGGGAGGCUGAAAUACCCGGACUUCCUGAGCAGGUUCAGCGUGGAGAAGGCGACAACCCCGCCGGCCCCUGGCAACUCGGCGGCUGCCCAGGGCGGGAGCGGCGCGCCCCAAACCCCAGGGGAAGGCGGGUCCGCAGCGCCGCCGCGCACGCACAGCCCGGGAGCAGGACCCGCGCCGCGGAGGCAGCGCUGUACCCCCGCCAGUCCAAUCAGGGCACCAGGCGCCGCCCCCUUGCAGAACUGUGAGCCCAUCGAGAGCAAGCUCCGGAGGAGAAUUCGGGGCUGUUGGCGAGAGUUCCUGCGGGAAUGCAGAGAGAAGGAUGUGAACGAGCAGGGGGAGAUCGCCACGCCUGAGUUCCUGGCUCUUGCAGAGAAAUUCAACCUGGAUAUAAACAAAGAGGAGCGUCAGCAGCUCAUCGUGAAGUACGACCUGAAGAACAAUGGGAAAUUUGCUUAUUGUGACUUCAUUCAGAGCUGUGUUCUCCUGUUAAAAGCAAAGGAAACCUCACUAAUGCAGAGAAUGAAAAUCCAGAAUGCCCAGAAAAUGAAAGAAGCUGGUGCUGAGACUUCUUCCCUUUACUCUGCUUUACUGCGUAUUCAGCCCAAAAUUUUGCACUGCUGGAGGCCCAUGAGGCGCAUGUUCAAAACCUACGAUGAGGGCGGAACAGGGCUUUUAUGCGUGGCUGAUUUCAGGAAGGUCCUGAGACAGUUCAGUAUCAACCUCUCCGAGGAGGAGUUCUUCCACAUCCUGGAGUAUUACGACAAGACACUGUCUUCCCAAAUCCCCUACAACGACUUCCUCCGGGCCUUCCUGCAGUAGCUGCCCGCCACGCCACAGUGCUCCGGGGGUGGGUGGGCCUGUCCCCGAGGCCACCAAAGUCAUACGACUCGGGGAAGGGGGGUCAUGAACUUCCCAAAGUUCAAACCCACACCCAUGCCGGACACGCGUCUUCCCUGGCAGUCAGCCCAGGCUUGGCACAGCCCGUGGCCCCAGCUUCGAUGGCAUCUCUCCAGACAGCUUCAGGGAUGCCCUGCUGAGCUGCAGGACCCUUCACUCUUAGUCUGAGCAAAUAAAAAUGUUACUC